AUGGCGACCAUGAAGAUCACAAAACUCAGUAUAUUCCUAGCCUUCAUCUCCUUCUGCUUUUCUCUUUCCUCCACCAACGCCAACUUAGACUUGUUCUGCAGCAAAACCCCAUACCCUGAAUACUGCAAGUCCUCCAUGACCCUUCACUCUUUCAAUCCUAAAGUCGAUUCUGAUUUCAAAAAAAUGACAAUACAGGCCGCCAUGGAGCAUACCCUUCGUGCCCAGAGUCUCACGGCCUCGCUCGGCUCAAAAUGUCGAAAUGAGAAGGAGAAAGCUGCAUGGGCUGAUUGUGUUGAGCUUCACGCACACACUGUACAUCAACUCAACAAAACCAUUGACCUUUACAGCCGCUGCACCGACGUCGAUAAACAUACAUGGUUGAGUACAGCCCUCACUAACCUCGAAACUUGCCGAGAUGGUUUCCUUGAGCUUAAUGUCUCCGACUACGUUCUUCCUCUCAUGUCCAAUGAUGCUUCUAAGUUGAUUUCAAACUCCUUGGCUGUAAACAAGGCUGAAGAAACUCAAGAGGUAAGUCAUGGAAAUGGGUACCCAAGUUGGGUAUCACCUGGUGACCGGAAGCUUCUGUCCUCGAGAUCUACGUCUGUAAAGGCUAACAUCGUUGUGGCACAAGAUGGGUCUGGGAGGUAUCGUACUAUCCAAGCUGCACUUAGUGCUGCAGCUAAGACAAACAGAGGAAGUAAAAGGUUCGUGAUUUAUGUGAAGAGAGGUGUUUACAGGGAGAACCUUGACAUUGGUAGCAGUUUGACCAACAUUAUGCUCGUUGGAGAUGGCCUUAAAUACACAAUUAUCACCGGUAGUAGAAGCGUCGGUGGAGGUUCCACCACCUUCAAAUCUGCAACUGUCGCUGUCGUCGGAUCAGGCUUCAUUGCAAAGGGAAUCACAAUCCGUAACACAGCAGGUGCCCAAAAUCAUCAAGCAGUAGCUUUGCGCUCGGGAGCUGAUAAAUCAGUCUUCUAUCAGUGUAGCAUUGAGGGAUAUCAAGACACUCUCUACGUUCACUCACAACGCCAAUUCUACAAAGAAUGUUACAUUAUGGGCACAGUGGACUUCAUCUUUGGUAAUGCAGCUGUAGUGUUACAGAACUGCAUGAUCUACGCUAGAAGACCCAUAAUCGGUCAGGAGUGUACAAUAACGGCUCAAGGGAGAACCGACCCAAACCAAAACACUGGAAUUUCAAUUCAUAACUCUAGAGUCAUGGCUGGUUCAGACCUGGCUCGAGUGCAGAGCCAUGUUAAAUCAUAUUUGGGUCGACCAUGGAAGGAGUAUUCUAGAACUGUUUACCUUCAAACCUAUCUUGGUUCAUUGAUAGAUCCUGCUGGUUGGUUGGAGUGGAAUGGUAACUUUGCACUCAAUACGUUGUAUUAUGGAGAGUACAAGAACUCUGGACCCGGUUCAUCUACUGCUAGGAGAGUAAGGUGGCGUGGCUAUCAUAUUAUAACACGAGCAGCUGUAGCAUUACAGUUCACCGUAGGAAGAUUUAUUAGUGGCAAUUCUUGGUUACCUGGCACCGGUGUGCCGUACACAUCCGGCCUUUGAUGAGUCUCCUCCUCCUUUAGACAACCAUUGCUGGAUGGCCGGCCUGUGGUAUAUGCGAUGGACGGUUGUGA